ACGCCACUGUGAGCAAAGACUACUUCAGGCUCCCUGAGGACCAUGUCUGUGGAUUUUAAAACUCAUGUAGACCAGGAAUGUAAAGCUGCUGAGGAAUUUGUCAAUAUUUAUUAUGAGACAAUGGAUAAAAGAAAAAGGGCACUUAUUAGGCUGUAUCUGGAUGAGGCCACUUUAGUAUGGAAUGGAAAUGUUGUUACAGGGCUGGAAGCCCUAAGUAAUUUUUUUGAGAUGUUGCCUUCUAGUGAGUUCCAGGUUAAUAUGUUAGAUUGCCAACCAGUUCAUGAGCAAGCUAUCCAGUCCCAGACUACAGUUCUUCUGGUAACCAGUGGAACUGUGAAAUUUGAUGGAAAUAAACACGACUUCAACCAGAACUUCCGGCUGACUGCUCAAGCCACUUUUAACAGCACUGUGUGGAAGAUUACAAGUGAUUGCUUCCAUUUUCAAGAUUAGGCUAAAAGUUAAAAGGGCAAAAGUCAAUUUUUUGGUCCUUUAGGUCCAGCAACAGAAGUUUAUCUGAAUUAAUUAAUUUUAUUGUAAAAACACUAUAAAUUAGUAUGUGCUGAAACUAGAAUUCUUCAAUAUUUUCUUAUUUCUGACAGCAACUUUUCUAGUAACUGCCAGUUUGGACUAUCGCCCUUAAGAGCUUUAAUGCUAGUUUUUGGCAUACCUUAUAUACAUUCCACUGAUGACAUUCUUAGAGUAAUAUUAAACAUAUGAUUGCAGUACUAAUAUACUCACUGUGAACCCAGCCUAUCGCCAAAAUCCUUUUGUAAUACUAUCUAUGGGAUGUCAGCACAACAUAACACUCUGGGAAGAAGUAGAAUUUUUUUGGUUAUUAAUUUUGUAGCAAAACUCAUGCCUAUUUUGAGUUAACACUCGUAAUGCAGUUUUAAUAUAUAAGUAUAGCCUUUUCAAAUCAGUUCAGUUUAUGUUUGCCUAAAUACUCUGACAUAUUGAAAUUACAUGUUGAAAUAUUCCAUAGUCUUUUUUCAUAUUAAGUUUUCUUAUGUUGACAUAUUUCCUUAACAAGUGAAUUAGUUACAGAGGUGAAAAUUGUUUUUCUUUGAUACCUGAUUCAUUGGUGGCUUAAAAGCAGAACUUAAAAACAUUUUUCUUGGCAGCACCAGGUCUACAUAUUUUGGGAAUGUAUGAUAGUAGAACUAAUAACAUUUUUAAUGAGAAAUGUGAAAGUCCAAAGUUAAAGACAAAAAUAAGGGGGGGGUGA